UAUGCAUAUAUAUAUAUAUAUAAUUCGUAGGUGUCUUAACGAAUAGUGGCCACUAUGCAUUAUAUUUUAUCUUGUUUAUCGUCCAGUUUAUCUAUAUAUAGACUCACUUAACGCUUCCUCUUUAGUCGCAGCUUCCACUGUCGAACUAGGUCCCUCCCCAGCCUCCUACUACUAAUAUUUCCUAAUUUCAUUCGACCUAAAAUCCCUCACUAUGGCUUGUAAGGCAUUACUAUUAUUUUUUGUGCUCACAUUUCUACUGGUAACUGGAAUAGAAGGGAGGGUAGUUCGGGUUUCGAACAAUAAAGAUGCUGAAAGCGAAGAUCUUUUGCAACGGUUAGGAUACAAUGUUUCCGAACUAAAGCGUCUUGGAGAGAUUUCAGCACGAAGUGAAAUAAACAGAUUUUCUCCAGGAGGGCCAGAUCCUCAACAUCACUCCUAUCCUUUGUCUUCAAACCCAUGAUUUGAACAGAGUUUGUGUUGCACUCUUGUCAUGUAUAUUAUUAUUUUCAUUA